AUGACUUUGGCUUUUAAGAUCCUUUUCCCACCAACCCUCCGUGCACUCAGGAAAAAAGAAUUGUUCCUAUUCCGAGAACAUCACCGGCCUGACAUAAGACACUUUGGCCAGUGGUCAGAGACAGUUCUUUGUGGACACCACCUCCUCCAGAGAAGAAAGCCUGUUCCGUCCUUCCAGAAAAGCAACCUAAGACCACGUGCCACCUGCCUUGUUUUCUUGCCAGGAUCGCAUGUGGGAUGCUGCAGUGGCCCCUGUGAGAUGGCAGAGCAACGCUUCUGUGUGGACUAUGCCAAGCGUGGCACCGCUGGCUGCAAAAAAUGCAAGGAAAAGAUUGUCAAGGGCGUAUGCCGAAUCGGCAAAGUGGUGCCCAAUCCCUUUUCAGAGUCGGGGGGCGAUAUGAAAGAGUGGUACCACAUUAAAUGCAUGUUUGAGAAACUGGAGCGGGCCCGGGCCACCACAAAAAAAAUUGAGGACCUCACCGAGCUGGAAGGCUGGGAAGAGCUGGAAGAGAACGAGAAAGAGCAGAUAAGUCAGCACAUUGCAGAUCUGUCUUCCAAGGCAGCAGGCACACCAAAGAAGAAAGCUGUUGUCCAGGCUAAGUUGACAGCCACUGGCCAGGUGGCAUCUCCAGUGAAAGGUGCCUCAUUUGUCACCAAUUCCAAUCCCCGGAAGUUUUCUGGCUUUUCAGCCAAGCCCAACAACUCUGGGGAAGCCCACUCCAGCCCUACCCCCAAGGCCCCUAAGACAAGUCUGUCCUCAAGCAAAUGUGACCCAAAACACAAGGAUUGUCUGCUGCGUGAGUUUCGGAAGUUGUGUGCCAUGGUGGCUGAAAAUCCUAGCUACAACACGAAAACCCAGAUCAUCCAGGACUUCCUUCAGAAAGGCUCAGCAGGAGAUGGUUUCCACGGCGACGUGUACCUAACAGUGAAGCUGCUGCUGCCGGGUGUUAUUAAGAGUGUUUACAACUUGAAUGAUAAGCAGAUUGUGAAGCUUUUCAGCCGCAUUUUUAACUGCAACUCAGAUGACAUGACACGAGACCUAGAGCAGGGUGACGUGUCAGAGACAAUCAGAGUCUUCUUUGAGCAGAGCAAGUCUUUCCCUCCAGCUGCCAAGAGCCUCCUUACCAUCCAGGAGGUGGACGAGUUCCUCAUGCGGCUCUCCAAGCUCACCAAGGAGGACGAGCAGCAACAGGCCCUGCAGGACAUCGCCUCCAGGUGUACAGCCAAUGACCUUAAGUGCAUCAUCAGGUUGAUAAAGCAUGAUCUGAAGAUGAACUCAGGUGCAAAACACGUGUUAGAUGCCCUAGACCCCAAUGCCUAUGAAGCCUUCAAAGCCUCACGCAACCUGCAGGAUGUGGUGGAGCGGGUCCUCCGCAACGAGCAGGAGGUGGAGAAGGAGCCAGGCCAGAGACGAGCUCUGCGUGUGCAGGCCUCUCUGAUGACCCCGGUGCAGCCCAUGCUGGCUGAGGCCUGCAAGUCCAUCGAGUACGCCAUGAAGAAGUGUCCAAACGGCAUGUUCUCUGAGAUCAAGUAUGACGGGGAGCGAGUCCAGGUGCAUAAGAAGGGGGACCACUUCAGCUACUUCAGCCGCAGUCUCAAGCCCGUCCUGCCACACAAGGUGGCCCACUUUAAGGAAUUCAUCCCCCGGGCUUUCCCUGGGGGCCACAGCAUGAUCUUGGACUCUGAGGUGCUCCUGAUCGACAACAGGACAGGCAAACCACUGCCCUUUGGGACUCUGGGAGUGCACAAGAAAGCUGCCUUCCAGGAUGCUAAUGUCUGCCUGUUUGUGUUUGAUUGUAUCUACUUCAAUGAUAUCAGCUUAAUGGAUAGGCCUCUGUGUGAGCGGCGGAAGCUUCUUCAUGACAACAUGGUUGAAAUCCCCAACCGGAUCAUGUUCUCAGAAAUGAAGCAAGUCACAAAAGCUUCCGACUUGGUGGACAUGAUCAACAGGGUGAUCCAGGAGGGGCUGGAAGGGCUGGUGCUGAAGGACGUGAAGGGAACUUACGAGCCUGGAAAGCGCCACUGGCUGAAAGUGAAGAAGGACUAUUUGAACGAGGGCGCCAUGGCCGACACAGCUGACCUGGUGGUGCUUGGGGCCUUCUACGGGCAAGGGAGCAAAGGUGGCAUGAUGUCCAUCUUCCUCAUGGGCUGCUAUGACCCGAGCAGCCAGAAGUGGUGCACGGUCACCAAGUGUGCAGGAGGCCACGACGAUGCGACGCUCGCCCGCCUGCAGACGGAACUGGACAUGGUGAAGAUCAGCAAGGAUCCCAGCAAGAUACCCAACUGGCUGAAAAUCAAUAAGAUCUAUUACCCUGACUUCAUCGUUCCAGACCCAAAGAAAGCUGCUGUGUGGGAGAUCACAGGGGCUGAAUUCUCGAAAUCUGAGGCUCACACAGCCGAUGGGAUCUCCAUCCGAUUCCCCCGCUGCACCCGAAUCCGUGAUGAUAAGGACUGGAAGUCUGCCACGAACCUCCCCCAACUCAAGGAGCUGUACCAGCUGUCUAAGGAGCGGGCAGCCUUCGCUGUCACAGCCGGGGAUGAGGGAAGCUCCGCCACAGGGAGCAGCAGUGGGGAGAACGAGGGCACCUCAGGGCCGGCUGUGCCUCACGCCGCCCCGAGAGCCUCCCCCAGGCAGCCUCUCACCAGCGCCAAGAAGGCUGGGGGCAAGGCGGGUGGCUGCACCAACAGAGGUGGUAAGGAGGGAGGGAGCAACCCGCCAGCUGCAAAGCCCUCCCCCGUGAGAGUGGGACUGAAGCGGAAGGCUCCCGACGAGACCCCAUGCCAAGCCAAGGUGCUGCUGGACAUAUUCACUGGAGUGCGGCUCUACCUGCCACCCUCCACGCCAGACUUCAGCCGCCUCAGACGCUACUUUGUGGCAUUCGAUGGGGACCUGGUGCAGGAAUUUGACGUGGGCUCAGCCACACACGUGCUGGGUGGCGGGGACAGGAAUCCUGAGGCCCAGCAGGUCUCCCCAGAGUGGAUUUGGGCGUGUAUCCGGAAACGGAGGCUGGUGGCUCCUUGCUAG